AUGCGCUCUACAUUCUCCAGCCUGGCACUCUUUGCCGGAGCCUCUCUAGCAGCUUAUGCCCCAAACACGACUUUCGAGCGGGAAACACGCAGCAUUGAUGAGAUCUACAAAGCAGCUCUUGCCGAAGGUGGCGUCGUUACUCUUUGGCAUGGCGGUGACGAGAAAACCCAACAGAAUGGGUUGAAAACAGCCUUCGAAACAAGGUUCCCCAACAUGACGCUCAACGUCACUGUCGAUCUAUCCAAGUACCACGACGGCAAUCUUGAUGAUCAGCUGGCAGCCGACAAUGUUUACGUUGAUAGCAUUAUCCUGCAAACGCUGCACGAUUAUCCACGCUGGAAGAAAGAAGGUGCUUUGAUGAACUACGCGCCAUUGAACUUCGACAAGGUAUACCCUGUGUUCAAGGACGCGGAUGCAGCCUACAGUGGACUGCUCAUCUUCAACUGGGGAAUCUCCGCCAACAUGAACAAGACUAGCACGCUACCGACAUCGUACCAAGACUUUACCAAGCCCGAGUUCAAGGACAAGAUUGUUCUGACCUAUCCCAACGAUGAUGAUGCAGUACUAUACCAGUUCGAGCUCAUCCUACAGGAGCUUGGCCAGGAAUGGUUUGACGCGCUGCUUGCCAACAACCCUCGCUGGGUACGCGGCACAGCAACCCCUGGCGCGCUCGUUCGUGCCGCCAACAGCAGCAGCGCAGUAACCUUCACUGGAGGCUCGUCAUUCACGGACCAGCUACCGAUUAGAUAUUCACUACCCAGCGAUGCUAACUUUACCUCUUGGGCUCAGACCGGCGCCAUCUUGAAGAAGGCACCACACCCCGAAGGCGCAAAACUGCUGCAUAGUUUCAUGCUCAGCGACGAACACCAAACCGGUGGCAGCUGGAGUGUUCGCGAGGAUAUCCCAGCGGGUAAGGGUGCGGAGCCCAUCCUCCAGCAGCCUGGCACAGAUGCUCCUGCGUUCGCGACGUGGAUGGCAGACCGUAACAAUGUCGAAAGGCGAAGGUUCUUUUACGAAGACAAGAUCGGCACUGCCCAAGGUCUUAGCCCGCUCAUUGACGACUUGUGA